AUGUAUGUUUGGGGUGGAAAUCCUCAUAAUGACACCGUGCAAACUGCAGGAACGGCCAAAUGUUAUAGUGCCGAAUUAAUGGUCUACAACACCAGAUGUUAUACUUGGAAAAAGCUCAUUUCGGAUACUAUUCCUUAUGAUUCUCCCAGAUAUGGUCAUUCGUCGGUUACCUAUAACAAUUCUAUGAUCAUUUUUGGUGGAUUCAGUGGCAAAGUUUAUGAUGAUAUUAUAAUUUAUUCUCCAUAUUACUGCGAUUUAUGGUUAGAUGAAUUAACUUGCGUUAGCGAUGAAAAGUGCUUUUGGUCAGACAGGAAACAGCUGUGUAUGUCAGCAAAUGUCUCAAACAUCAGUAUACGUGACAGUUCUUGCGGGGUGAACUUGCCUUGUCAGUUAGCUGAUUCUUGUACGGCAUGCGAUGCUUACAAUCCUAUCUGUACCUACUGUGAUAAAAGUCAAUGUAAUGAACCUACUGUGAAGACUAUUUGUGGAAUGCAGGAUAAUAAUUGCACUGACUCGUACUACAAGCGUGAAGUUUAUUCCUGCGAACUUGCUGGUAGCUGCCAUGAAUGCAAAAGGCGAGAGUGUUCUUGGGUUAGGCGUUCUAUCUCGGGAACUAAUGCGUACCUUUGUGUGCACGAAUCCAAGAAGAAGUCUGAUGAUGUUGUAACUCAAGACUGUCCAGCUACAUGCGCCUACAAGUCAAGUUGUAAUUCAUGUGUGCGUACGCCAUACUGUAUGUGGUGUAAAUCCGAAAAUCGAUGUGUAUCAUCUGCUAUUUACCCGGCGUUGUUUUCAUUUGGUCAAUGUUUAGCUUGGACUAGUGGUACCUGCAAAGGAACAGUAUUCCUUAAGUUUAAACUCAACAUUUUUGUUUCAUGUUUAUGGCUAUCACAAUUACUAGAAACCCAAUGUGAAUCUUUUACUGCUUGUGAUGCCUGCCAAGCUGUGCCAGGAUGUGGUUGGUGUGAAUCCAACAUAACUGGUGUUGGAAAAUGUAUUAGCGGCAGAUAUGAGGGUCCAAUUCGUUCUUAUAAUGGAUACGUCUACAGCAGAAAUGCUACCGUCGAUUAUUCAGCAUGUGAUGCGCGCAAAUGGUUGUUUGCAAGCUGUCCUGCAUGCCAAUGCAAUGGACACAGUACUUGUAUAAAUGGUAGUGUCUGUAGACCUUGUCGCGAUAAUACACGUGGUAAGAAUUGUGAAUAUUGUUUGUGGGGAUUUUAUGGUCGUCCAGUCAAUGGCGGGACAUGUUCAGCCUGUAACUGUAAUGGACAUUCUUGGCUUUGUGAUACCUCGACCGGUAUAUGCGAAAAUUAUUGUACAAUGGAAGGGAACAAAGGCUCAUAUUGUGAACGAUGCGAUACUAGUAAAUAUACCGGGUCAGCAGCGAAUGGCGGAUAUUGUUAUUUGAGAGUCGCUAUAGAUAGCAAAGUAAAUGUCUCGAUACAGAAUCAACGAAUAACGAAUUUUCACUUUACUGUCACUCCGACAAAGCCGGAUCGCAAUGUCAAGUUAACUGUGGAAGUUGAAGAAUAUCGUCUUGUUCCGACAAUAGUUAUUAGUGUUGCUUGGAAUAUCCGCGGUUCAUGUGAUAGCAUUCAUCGAGUUAUUGCAAUUUUUUCUUACAUUUUUUGUAUAAAGCAACGCCUUGAUCGUUAUCGUAGGAGACAGGAACGUAUGGUAGAAUUAAAACAAAUGGCUAACCGGCCAUUUUCAUCCAUUUCUUUCAUUAUUGAACGUUACGAUAAUGAUAACAGCUCUAUUAAAAAGCAAAGUCCAAGUCAGGUUGCAUUACAACCCGUAAAUAACGGCGAAGCUGGUAUCAUGUCCGUAUUGAUGCGCUUACCGGGAGAACAAGGAAACAUGCCUGGUUAUGGGCAAUCGGCCUUAGCUUUUGGUAGUGCACUUAUUGUGUGUAGCCCGGAACAACAGCAGUUAUUAUCAGCUAACAAAAGAUAUAUCUUGGGUAGAAAAAGGAAAGCAUUUUCUACUACUACAGCAUGA